CGGCCGGGACUAUAUAGACGAAGUUAGCGUUUCGUCCUCCCAUCAUAUUCCGAUUCCCUCCCCCCCACGUUCACUGCAAGGUCCUGCCUCCUGCUGCAGAGUGAGCGGGCGGUCUAUCGCUAGCAGCUUGGGCAUGGAGGGCUAUACCUAUUCUAUCUAUCCAGAAUCCGGCGAUUCAUCACCUCAGUGCCGCGAAAUCGAUGGCGAGACCGCCAUCUCAUGGGAUGAGACACCGCAGCCUGCCGCCGUACGCGUCAAGCUCAUGUGCAGCUAUGGUGGUCGGAUCCAGCCCCGACCCCACGACAAUCAGCUCUCCUACUUCGGUGGGGAGACUAAGAUUCUUGCCGUCGAUCGUUCCAUCCGAUUCCAAGCCAUCUUCGCGAAACUCGCAACGCUGUACGGCGCCAACUCUCCCGAUGAGAUCUGCUUCAAGUAUCAGCUCCCCGGUGAGGAUCUUGACGCACUGAUCUCCGUUACUAAUGAUGAGGAUCUCGAUCACAUGAUGAUUGAGUACGAUCGCCUCCACUCAUCUUCCGGGAAGCCGGCCGCCCGCUUACGUUUAUUUCUCUUCCCUGCAAAUCCAUCCAUCAAUUCUGGGAAGGUCCAGCAGAAGGUCGAUCAGAUGUGGUUACUUGAGCCGCUGCUUCCGCCGCAGUUGGCGCCGUCUAUGGAUCGUAAUCCCUUGGAACCUCCUCUGCUUCCGCCCCCUGCGCUGGUUCCGGAUUUUUUAUCCGACAUUGUUCCGUCUCCUGUGGCCAUGAAGGUUAAGGAAACAACGGCGGAGAACCGCGUGGUAGAGCCCUUGGCCAAUGAUAUCCUUUCGGUCAGAUCUGACCUGGCGAAGGAGGAAACGCCGCAGAAUGCAGGGGAAACGGUGGUUUCCCCUUCAGCUGAGGCACAGAGGCAGAUUCAAGGUAUCCAAAGGCUUCAGAUCGCAGAGAAUCAGCUCCAUCCCAUGACAAACAUGCAGCGGAACGGCAGUGAUGAAAACAUUGCCAGGGUUUACCAUGGAGAAUUCUACGCACCCAGAGUUCACGAGAAGGCUGUUCCGGCGCCACCGCCGACAGCCACACUAGCUCCUACUUCGGCCGCUACAACGCAGAUUCCGACGGCUUUCUGGGCUGAUCAACGUGGCAUCGCAGCGGGGAGGUUCGCCUCGAUGGCUGGUGGAGACCAAACGGUAUAUCUUUUCCCCGCUUCUCACAGCAUGUAUCCACCGACUACUGGACAGGCGUAUUACACGGCGGCGCAUCCGCAGCCACCACCUUUCUCAAGGGUUGUGCCGGCGGAUGUCUACCGCGACUUGCCGACGAUGUAUGCUGUAGCGCCGCCGGCUGGAAUCGAUGCCGCGCCGGCGAACUCGCCGGCGGCUGGUUAUGCGACGUCGCAGUUUGCAUAUGAUAGCAUGGGGAGGGCGGUUUUCUACCCAGGCCCGGUCGCCACGUAUCAGGCAGUAACUAACGUGGCGCUCAACACUGACCCUAAGCUAACGAAGCCUUCUCAGAUUUCGUGACCGCUAAGUUUCUUCACCUCUCAAGUUUACGGUUUUUGUCCUCAAUCCGUUCGCCUCGUCUUCCUUGUCUUGUCUUCUUUGUGGUUUUUUGUUUUGGUUCAGCCUGCUAAAUGUUUGUCUGCAUUCAAGCUGCAUUAAUCUCUAGAAAAUUUCUUUCUCACCUUUAUUUCGUCUUGGACUUUGCUGUACAUAUGGUUAUAAUGUUUUGGGUGUAUGAAAUUGGUCAUGACGUGUCACUAUUAAUAGUUUAUUUUCUUUGAUUUGUUAU